GGUUUCCGCCCGCGGGCUAGGGGGCGGGCCUGAGCAUUGGUGAGAGUUUGGUAGUUGCGGUGGGGUGUGCGCGUACGCUGAAGCUCGGAAACAAGCUCCCAUCCCUUUGUUGGAAACCUUUAAGUCACAGGAUGAGUUUGCAGUGGACUGCAGUUGCCACCUUCCUCUACGCAGAGGUCUUUGCUGUGUUGCUUCUCUGCAUUCCCUUCAUUUCUCCCAAAAGAUGGCAGAAGAUUUUUAAAUCCCGGCUGGUCGAGUUGGUAGUGACCUACGGCAAUACUUUCUUUGUGGUUCUCAUCGUCAUCCUUGUACUGUUGGUUAUUGAUGCUGUACGCGAGAUCCGGAAAUACGAUGAUGUGACAGAAAAGGUGAACCUCCAGAACAAUCCAGGUGCCAUGGAGCACUUCCACAUGAAGCUUUUCCGUGCUCAGAGGAAUCUCUAUAUUGCUGGCUUUUCCUUGCUGCUAUCCUUCCUGCUUAGACGCCUGGUGACUCUCAUCUCCCAGCAGGCCACACUGCUGGCCUCCAAUGAAGCCUUUAAAAAGCAGGCAGAAAGUGCCAGCGAGGCAGCCAAGAAAUACAUGGAGGAGAAUGAUCAGCUAAAGAAGGGAGCUGCCGAGGAUGGAGGCAAGUUGGAUGUUGGGAAUACUGAAAUGAAGUUAGAGGAGAACAAGAGCCUGAAGAAUGACCUGAGGAAGCUAAAAGAUGAGCUGGCUAGCACCAAGAAAAAACUUGAGAAAGCUGAAAACGAGGCUCUGGCUAUGCAGAAGCAGUCUGAGGGCCUUACCAAAGAAUAUGACCGCCUGCUAGAAGAGCAUGCCAAACUGCAGGCAUCAGUACGUGGUCCCUCAGACAAGAAGGAGGAGUAAAGGCUUGGUUUUUUCCUGCCUGCCGCUGCCUUCUACCAGACCCAUGCUUACUGCUUCCUUGGAGCCCAGCCUAUCCCUCUGGUACUUGGGUUUAUUCCCUACUUCCCCAAUUUUCUUCCAUGGCUUAUAGAUCAUCAUUUUGGCACCAUUACACAUACUGCUCUUACACCAAAAGGGACCUGAUUGUUGUUUGUUUAUAGAAAGUACUUUUGCCACUGUUCUGCCUGGCCAGGGCACUUUCCACUCCUGGAAGUGUAGAAAAGCACUGGUGACCUGGCCUGCAGUUGAACCCCUUUUUAUUUUGCAAUGUAUCCUAAAGGAGGCUGCUGUUUUAUCCUGAGGGGAAUAAAUGUUGUUAUGUUAUAA